UCCCCUUUCCCCCUCACUACCAGAGCAGGUCUUCAUAUUCCAGCGCCCCCAUUCCCCACCGUCCUCUCCAAUCUGGUUCCUGAUCCUCCACCCCACCACAAGAAGUGGUUUCUCUCCAAUUACUCUGACAGGACAGACAUGUUUUCCAUGUUUUGAUAGAUCUAUUCUCCAAGGAGGUGCAACGGAUCUGUGUCAGGAUGGAAGAGCAUGGAGGGGGCAUAGCGGACAAUACUGGAAUCUUCACGGAAUUUGCCGACGAGCCAGACUACACACUGCAUGGCAUUAUCGAGCUGAGGGGUGAGCCUCAUGGUGUCCAUGGCAGUGAGUGCUUUGGGGAUGACAUGGCUCAACUUGUGGUCGACACUGGACAGGGUGCCGAUCCUCGGAUGGAGGUCAGCCACAAGGUCACAUGCCAGACCUUGACCUUGGAGGUUACUGUGGCGUCCACCCAGGAACCAUCAGAAAAUGGCGAACAGCAUGAUGGGCAGAACUUCACUCAAACUCUCCAACAGGAUGAGAAAAUGAAGGAAGCUACCAACCCCCCAGAUGAUUUGAUCGAAAUGGAAGAACUUCACUGCUGCCAACAUUGCAACAAGAGCUUUGAGAACCAGAACCUUUUGACUGAUCACCAGCAGCAUCAUGAACCGGACACUAAAUGUACUCUGUCUGUCAAGCACAACAGUGAAGGCAGAUCACAGGCAAAGCGCCCCAGGAUCUCUUGCAAGAAGCAGGUCACCAGCAGCGAGGAAAACGGGCUUUCCCUGGCUAUUGCAGACAUCGGUGCUUGGGAAAAGUAUCUUUGCCCGGUUUGUGGUGAAGAGUUUGCCCAGUUGCAGGCCCUGCAGGAGCACAUAGUCACGCACAACAGUGACCAGGUGGAGGUUUGCAAUGGUGAGCAGCCUGACCAUGCGGGAACCAGUUGUAAUGUCAAGGCUGUUCCAUGCCCUUACCGGACCUGUGGACUGACAUUCCAGAGCUCAGCAGAUAUGGAGGAGCACCGACGUGGGCACUACCCAUUCUGUUGUGACCAGUGUGAUUUUGCCUGCUCCAGUGCUAAGCUCCUCACCCAGCACAAGAAACGGGGGAGGCUGAAAGGAAAAAAAUUCACGUGUAAACUCUGUCCUUUCAAGAGUUGUGUGGCACAUGACCUGAACAAACACUACAGUGGGACACAUCGAGAUAAAGCAGGUUAUGGCUGUAACAUGUGUGAGUUCACUAGCCGCUACCACAAAGCCUUGAAGAAACAUCUUACCGUACACUCUGAUAAGAGUACAGGUGCUACUAAAGGGAAUGAGGAACAGGAGGGAAGGAGACAGGCAGCAAAUCAAGGUAACAGCACAACACAAAGAGUGUCCAGAAAGCGGAAGCGGUCCAGGUGUGAAGAAGAGCUGUUCCUGGAAACUGGCUCAGAGAGAGUUGAUGUUCAGGAAGGAAUGGAACACCUGUACAAGACUCACAUCUGUCCUGAAUGCAAGCGCUGCUUUAAAAAGAGAACACAUCUUGUGGAGCACCUUCACCUGCAUUUCCCGGACCCCAGUCUCCAAUGCCCUCACUGCCAAAAGUUCUUUACCAGCAAGGGCAAGCUGAAGGUACACCUGAUGCGGGAACUCGGUGAGAAGACCCAUCACUGCCCACUUUGUGACUACAGCGCGGUGGAGAAGAACUCCCUGAACCGACACAUGGCCAGCAUGCAUGAGAACACCACUAACUUCUACUCUGAUGUUUACUCGUGCCCGGCUUGCGAGGAGAAAUUCACUGUCAGCAAUUCGCUGAAGGAGCACAUGAAGACACACAAGGAGGAGCGCCGGCCGCUGGACUGCUUCGAGGGGGGCUGCACUUACACUGCGGAAGAGCGCAAGGACUUUGUCCGCCAUCUCAAGGAGGUGCACGGUGCCAGGGCGAUAGAGUGCCGCUACCGCACAUGUGGCUCUCUGUUUGGCACAGAGGCAGGGAUGGAAGCACACCGCAGGACUCACUAUGCCUUCCACUGUGACCAGUGCGACUUUGUCUGCUCCAACAAGCAUGUCUUCCGGCGGCACAAGCGGAGAGGUCACCCAGGCAGCGAAGAACUGGCCUGCAGCUUCUGCCCGUUCAAAACUUUCAACCCUGUGGAGUACAAUGACCAUGUUGGCAAGAUGCACGCCAAUGAGAAGAUCCACAAAUGCAGUGAAUGUGACUUUGCCACAGCACACAAGCGAGUCCUCAACCGGCACAUCCUCCUGCACACAGGCGAGAAGCCACAUAAAUGUGAACUGUGCGAUUUCACCUGCAGGGAUGUAGGCUACCUAUCGAAGCACAUGCUCACGCAUUCUGACGAUAAGAACUACAUGUGCACAGAGUGUGGUUACAUCACCAAGUGGAAACACUAUCUGACUGUGCAUAUGCGAAAGCAUACUGGAGACCUGAGGUACCAUUGUAAUCAGUGCUCGUAUCGUUGUCACCGUGCAGACCAACUCAGCAGCCACAAGCUCCGACACCAGGGCAAGUCGCUGAUCUGUGAGGUGUGUGGCUUUGCUUGCAAGCGGAAGUAUGAACUUCAGAAGCACAUGCAAGUGAAACAUUCAAAGGACUACCAGAUGCCCCUCUACCAAUGUCAGUACUGCAGCUACCAGACGAGAUACAAGCAGGCCCUCCUGAACCACGAGAACUGCAAGCAUACUAAACAUAAGGAGUUCCGCUGUGCCCUGUGCACCUACAAGACUUUCAGUAACACUAGCCUCUUCUUUCACAAACGCAAGGCCCAUGGCUAUGUGCCUGGAGACAAGGACUGGUUGGAGAACUAUGCCAAAGAGGAGAUGGCAAUGAACUCCAACCACAUUCUUCUAGGGUACGGUGACACGAAUCUCCCUUUUUCCGGCUCAUCCCAGACGGAAAUGGCUGUCGUGACUCCAAGAAGUGAAGGGUGGCAGAAGAAUUCAACUGCAGUGGAGGACCAGGAGAAGUUGUACCAGCAGCAAGACUUUGUGAGCCCUCUCCUUGGGCAAGAGGCCUCUCAACCUGGGGAAGAAAUGCAGAGUGGUACCAUGCCACACGAACCCACACAGUUAGAGCAGCAUCUGGUGUACUCUGCUACGGCAAGGCAGGAGGCUCAGCCUCUCACCACCCACCCAGGUGGCACUUGCUCGGGAAUGAGUCGUGUUAUGGAGACAGAAUUUCAGAAAGGUUUGGGAGGAAAUGGCUCACAACUAGAGGAAGUGUUUGAAGCACAGCUGGAGUUUCAUAGUGCCCCAUCAGAUGAAGUAGCAAAGCAGCUUUCAGACUCCCAGCUGCCAAUCUUGGACUCCUGGGGACCGUGUGAUACUGGAACCAUAUACAGGGACUUUGGACUUAACACUGGGGUCCAUGUGGAGGCUAGCGAUGGCAACGAUGAGGCUGACAUUGGAGAGCACAUUGAGGAUGAAGAAGCUGAUGGUGGGGAACACAUCAUAGGGACUCAAGAAGAAGUAGGCCACAGUGUUGAUGUCUUUGCUGAUGAAGAUCAGAGUGGCAGUUAUGAACUUCCAGGUAAAAGUGAAGGAAUUGGCAGAUCCUCCCAGAUGGAGGAUGAUACUUCCACAAAUGUCAAGGCCAAUGGGACGUGGAUCAGUGUGAUGGAGUCUCACCUGACUCAACCCAGCAAUGAAAACGGGGACACGGCCGCAUUUCCGGACACGGAAGCUGUGAAUCAGGUCAGUCCUGAAAGUCAGGAGCAGGCGCAGCUCUCCCAGUCGGAAUCUGAGAUUAAGGCUUUGCGGAAGCAGGACAAACAGCAGGCGCAGGCCCUGGUCUUGGAGGGAAGAGUACAGAUGCUGGUGGUGCAAACAGACGCCCAGGUGUUCAAGUGUGAGAGGUGCUCAUACGUCACCAGGAAAGAGAAAGCCAUGGUCCUCCAUACAAAGUCUGGCUGCCAGAAUAAGAAAUCGCCCCUAGUGUGCACUGCCUGUGGAGCCACCUUUAAACAGCAGAGAGGACUCAAUACGCACUUGCAGAAGAAAUGUCCUGUCAUCGUAAAGAAACACAAGCUUUAUGUACGGCAAGCAAGAGUGACAGAGUCCAAACUGGAGCUGGUAGGAGAGAAGGAACAAAGUGUGGAAUCAGAGGUGAGGAAGGUGAGGGCGAUAGCAAAGAACAAAGGCAAGUGCACCAAUGUUGGUGCAAGUAAGUGGCAGGAGCUGAGCCCAGUUCCAGUGCAACCUGACCAGCUGCUCACUAAAGUAACUGAUUGUGGAGUGAGCAAAGAUCAUGUCAUUGAAGGCUUAUCUAUUUCUGCCGCAGAGCAAGACCAGCCUGAAGGAGAGCUCCUUGCUACUUGUGAGGGAGUGGAGGCCGGAUUCUUCACAGAUGAGGCAUUGGCCGGUGCUCCUCCGGUCCUAGAUGAGAAUCUUCCAUCGACUCAGAGAGAAGGGACACCAGAACACACACACAUUGCUGAGCAGUCACAGCAGGAGUCAGGGACAUGCAAGUUCCGGUGUGAACAGGGCAAGUUCUCCUGUGCCUCAUGCCCUUUUGUCUGCUCCAGUGAGUCAGAUAUUGGCAGCCAUGUGGCUGGUGGCUGCCCAGAGCCCCUCAAGCUGCCCUGUGGAUUCUGCGACUUGCUGUUCCGCUCCGAGAGGGCAUUAAGGAACCAUCAGGCCAUCAAGCACACUCAGGAGGAGGAGCUAUCAGACCAGAGCGAUUCAGAUGAGCUGGAGAAAGGAUCUUGUAGUGAGGAUGAGGGGAAUGGAGAUUCUGGGGAGGGAGACAACCUAGAGGACAGCGAUGGCUCAGAGCUGGAGGGCAGCCCCAAGCAGAGACGUUUCUUCUGCUCCUCGUGCCCCUUCAGCUGUUACCAGGAGCGAGCCUUGGACACUCACAGGAAGAAAGGCUGCAUGAAGCCUGGCGAGCUCCAGUGCAGCCUCUGCUCGUUUGUCUGCAAGUCGGCCGUGGCCCUCAAACACCACACCCACCUGCAUGGCAAGAAGUGCUGCCGCAAGAGGCCCCGCUUGAGCUGCCAGCUGUGCCCGUUCACCUGUAAGCAGGCCCGAUGCCUCAAACAGCAUGUGGCCAUUAAGCAUGAUGGUGUUAAACCCUACAAGUGCCACUACUGUGACUUCAGCACCACCCGGCGCUACCGCCUUGACGCACACGAAUCCCUGCACACUGGUGUCGGCCGCCUAGCAUGUGAUUCCUGCCAACAGACCUUUGGCACCGGCUCCAAGCUGCGGAUCCACAAGCUGCGAGUCCACGAGAAACGGCCCACCCACUUCUGCACCCUGUGCGACUACAGCGGCUAUAACCAAAAUGACAUCACCCGGCACGUCAGCAGCUGCCAUGCCGGUGAGCCGAGCGCGGCCUGCGGGCGCUGUGACGCCCGCUUCAGCUCAGAGGGUGCUCUCAAGCAGCACUGCCUGCGGAGGCAUGAGGAGAAGGUGUGCCACGGCUGCCCGUCCUGCGUGUUCGCCUGCUACAGCGAGUCCACCCUGCGGAGCCAUGUCCAGAGGCAGCACCCGCAGCUGGAGUGCUCCUCCUGCAAAGAACGCUUCGAGAAGCGAGACCAGCUGGAAGAGCACAAGAAGGUCCACUUCAGCCACCACUGCCCGCACUGCGAUUUCGCCACUCGGGAGCGGCAGCAGCUCAUCCAGCACCUGCUGGAUACCCAUGAGGACGAGGAGGAGGCAGAUGGCAGUGAGGAGGGAAAACCCUUCCAUUGCCCCUUCUGUGAGUUCACCUGCCGCCACCAGAUGGUAUUUGACUAUCACAUGAAAGCUCAUGGUGGCACACGGAUGUACAAAUGUACCGACUGCGACUAUACCACCAAAAACCGACAGAAGAUCACAUGGCACAUACGCAUUCAUACCGGGGAAAAGCCCUACAAGUGCCACCUCUGCAACUAUGCCUGCGCAGACCCAUCGCGUUUGAAGUACCAUAUGCGGAUCCACCAAGAGGAGAGGAAGUAUCUGUGUCCAGAAUGUGGCUAUAAGUGCAAGUGGAUUAACCAGCUUAAGUACCACAUGACGAAACACACGGGUGCCAAGCCCUAUCAGUGUGAUGAGUGUGAUUACUGCACCAACCGGGCAGAUGCACUGAGGACCCACAAAGAAACCCGGCACAAAGAAACGCGGGGCUUCAUCUGUGAGCAGUGCGGGAAGGGCUUCAAGACUCGCUUUCUCCUGAAGACCCACCUGAAGAAGCACAGCGAGGCCAAACCGUACGUCUGCAGUGUGUGCUGCCGUGGUUUCCGCUGGCAGGCAGGCCUGCGCCACCAUUAUCUCACCCAUACCAAUGAGCACCCCUUCUUCUGCCGCCACUGCAGCUACAAAGCCAAGCAGAAGUUCCAGGUGGUCAAACACAUCCAGCGGCACCACCCUCUGAAAGUGUCAGGAGACCCAGCUGAGGGAGUGGGCAAGGUGCAGGUGAGUCACCCCCACAGCUCCCUGGGAACUGACAACAAGCCGCUCCUCAGCCUGACCACCAGCUCCUAGUUACUAAGGCAAUAUUGGGAGCUUUUACCUUCAGGUGCUCAGCGACGGCUACGUGUGGGGCUGGUCCACGUCGCUUGAGGUUUGGAUGCUGCAGUAACCAGAGACGCAUGUGUGUGUUCGUGCACAGUGUGAUGCGCAUUACUGCAGAGAACCCCAAAGGAAAAGGGCCAGGAAAUCUCCAUAUUUAAAAAUAGGAGCAACCUGCUAUUCCCUUGUAUCAAGUUGAGACUCAAUACCCUGUUGGGGCCAAGAAUAUGAAUCCUGCAACAAAUUUCUUCGGGAAGAGCUGGCACCUUUUUAAAAUGGAGAAAUGACGUGCCAGAGAAGCACCUUCAAUAGAGAAGAAUGACUUCUCUCAACAACGUCCUGAGGUGGAUUGCUGCAUUGCCGCGUUGAAAGAACAUUCUGAAAUGCAGAGAGGAAGACACCAAGCUUUCUAAAGGAAGAGAGGAAACUGUAAUGUCGAGGCAAGAUAAUUGACUUUUGUGGCUGUGUUUGCUUCAUGUUACGUGGGGUUUGAGAAAUAUGUUGACCAGCCAAGCCACUGCUGAAGGAUAGAAUUACCGAAGAGUGAAAUUGUGUGGGCUUCCCACAAUCAAUCUCGUGGUAUAACAGGACGGUUAGUUAUAACAUUUUCACAAGAUGUGGAUUAGUACCGGACAAUGUGUGAAUACUGGGGUGGAAUGCACAAAAAUCAGAAAAUCACCAUUGGAUGGAGAAUUUGUCGGAAAGUUUGUGCCAUUGGAAUUUAUAGGGGACCUGUUCAAACAGGAGGUUUCCCUUCCUUCCCCUUCUCACCCAAGCCUCGUAUUUGUCACUGUCUCACAAUGCAUACAUUAAAGUACAGCAAUUGCCACAGCAGUGGUGAUCCAAAAAGAAACAAGUGGACACAGUUGUUUACAGAGCUAUGUUUGCUUAGAGCACUGAGCAUAGGAGUCACAUGGUGAGAGAAAAUAGGGUGGGUCUUGAACUGAGUAACUGCAUGGCAAGGAUUUUUUAAAAACUCCUUAGCUGCUUUGUCUGCUGACUUUUUUUCCUCUUUUAACUAUUAAACUUUUGCUCCAUAAAUCCA